GCCACAGAUCCUUCUUCCUGGUACAGGUUUAUGGUGUCGUUCACGCUGUAGCUUCCACGUCAGGAACACGGAAACAGCUCAGAGUCAACAGGAAAGAAACGAGUUCAGACCUCGAAGGAAUUAAUCUGUAAUCUGUGGUUUUUACAGCAAGAGCCGGAGACGUGUGUUCACAUGUUUCUUGAAACUCUGAGGAAGGACCGGCGCUGAAACAUGUCUGUUUUCUUCUUACUGACGUUUAAUAUUAAACACUUUAUACAUGUAAGUGUGAGAGCUGAAGUUCUCACUCAUGAGUUUGCAUUUAUGUCGUUCAGCACUCAUUCAUUUAUUUACCUGGAUUGUUGAACAUGUUGAUGUUUUUUAUGCAAAGCUUAACAGAACACACACACACACACACACACUCCUCCCACUCAUGACUCAGGCUUGUUUCGUAAACUUACUCGACCACAGUAUCUCCUGCUGAGCGUCAGUAGCGUGAUCGACGCAGCACAGAGGAACGUUUUUACUCCGCGUUAUGUUUUCUUCUGUUUUUAAGACAAAAACUCUGCAGCUUUUAUUUUUGUGCCUCUUUCUUCUGACUGUGACUGCAGUAACAACAGGACAUGAAAACGGUGCAGCUCCGAAGCCGUUUGUUGGGAUCCUGAACAUCACGGAGUACAGGGUGCAGCUGAAGUGUGAGGUCAGAGGUGCAGCUCCGAAGCCUAAAGUAGAGUGGAGGGACAGCCAUGGAAACAUCCUUCCUGCUGAGCAGCCACAGGUGUCACACAGAGACGGCCGCUAUGACAUCACCCUCCUCACCACGGUGACCAGGACAAACACCAACCUCUUCCACUGCGUGGCCACACAGGAGGAGAUCGGCCAUGUGACUGAAGAAGAGAUCCACGUUCCAGAUCAGCUGUUCGAGUCCUGCGAUGGAGUCGGUGUGAUCGUUUCUGUUCUGGCUUCUGGAUUCUCUGUCACUGUGUUUGCGUCUAUGUUGCUGUUCUCAGCUUGUAUUAAAUGUUGUUGAUAACAGACAGCAGAUACUUUCAUCUGCCUUUUUUAUUCUCUGCUCUUCUGUUUGCUCUGGUUUUAAGGCUGAUAUGUCAUUUAU